AUAAAUCGAAAAAAAAAACCCUUAUCCGUGUGGUCUGGCUCCGACAAUUUCGCCAGUCUUUUGAGUUUUAACUCCUUUUACCAGGAAUGGCCUCAUCUAUCGUCUUCACCGGUCUCCACCUUUUCAAAUCCAAAAAAUCCAUCAAACUCAAGACUUCAACUCGGUUCUCCGACUCCAGACAACAACUCAGCCCCAACUCAGUGAAAUGUUGCUCAACAACAACCACAGCAACAACGGAGGAGGAUACUACUCGGCGGGUCACGGUGAAGAACGGGAACGAUUCGCUCGACAUAUGUAGGGUCCUAAACGGCAUGUGGCAGACCAGUGGAGGUUGGGGCAGAAUCGACCGAGACGACGCCGUCGAAGCUAUGCUUCGCCACGCUGACGCUGGUCUCUCCACCUUCGACAUGGCCGACCACUAUGGACCUGCGGAAGAUCUUUAUGGCAUCUUUAUCAAUAGAGUUCGUCGAGAGCGUCCACCAGAGUACUUGGAUAAGGUUAGAGGUCUCACUAAAUGGGUGCCUCCACCGGUAAAGAUGACAAGUAGCUAUGUCAGGGAGAGCAUCAAUGUUUCACGAAAGAGGAUGGAUGUGCCUUCCUUGGACAUGCUUCAGUUUCACUGGUGGGAUUAUUCCAAUCCUGGCUACCUUGAUGCACUAAAACAUCUUACUGAUCUGAAAGAAGAAGGGAAAAUUAGAACUGUUGCUUUGACAAAUUUUGAUACUGAAAGGCUGCAAAUAAUACUAGAGAAUGGAAUUCCUGUUGUUAGUAAUCAGGUGCAACAUUCAAUUGUUGACAUGCGCCCUCAGCAAAAAAUGGCAGAGCUUUGUCAGCUUACAGGAGUCAAACUCAUAACGUAUGGAACAGUAAUGGGUGGUCUAUUAUCUGAGAAGUUCCUUGACACCAACAUAGCCAUUCCCUUUUCUGGACCGCCAUUAAAUACCCCCUCUCUCCAGAAGUACAAAAGGAUGGUUGAUGCUUGGGGAGGAUGGAGUUUAUUCCAAACUUUACUUCAGACUUUGAACAAGGUAGCGUCUAAGCAUGGAGUCUCAAUCCCAACUGUUGCUGUUACAUAUAUACUAGAUCAGCCAGCAGUAGCAGGAUCAAUGAUAGGUGUCAGACUUGGUUUGUCAGAACAUAUCCUAGACUCCAAUGCUAUCUUUUCACUUGUUCUUGAUGAGGAAGAUGUCAACAGCAUACAGGAAGUUUCAGAAAGAGGGAAAGAUCUGCUUGGAGUGAUUGGGGAUUGUGGAGAUGAGUACCGGCGUGCAUGAGAUUCACGCUUAGUUGAGAAAAGAAGUUCUAAAUUCAUACCUUCUUAUGAAAACAGAUUGUAGUAUAUCUACCGCAUAAAGCAGUUUCCAGGUCAGACUUAUUGGAACAUAUGGAGAGCAGUUGCCGGGGGUCCAUCCACAUGUAAUCAAGUCAAAUGUUGCAGUUUUUGUCUCUGAUUAAAUUCAUCCUUUCAUUACCAAAGUGAAAAUCAGUUUGCAACUUUUACCCGUCUCUUGCUGCUGUCAUCUGCUGUAAUAUGAAUUCCACCGUUGUAUGCACAUCACUUCAAUACAUUAUCUCUUGUCAUUAAGAAAUUCUAUUCAGCCCUCAUCUAAAUCUCAACUUCAAAGCUUUUGGUGUGUUUCAAUGAGGAAUUUGUAUUACAUUGUAUGAAAUUAAAGUUACAUUCCAAUA